AUGAACACGAAUCCGGAGAUUGCCUUCCACGCGACGUUGUUCAAGCAGCAGCAGAUGAACUGCAGCGCGGUACUUUUGACCGCCGUAUGGCGCAGGUGUACUGAACAUCGACCCCGUCACGGGUCAGCUUCGGUAAUGACGACCUGCAAAACUCUACGCCGUCGUUCAGUUCGAUGUUUUUCCAUUUGCAGCUACCCCUUGUUCGCUGCAUGCAUCGGUACAAGUCCGGACGAAGGUCGGUGUACCUGUGGGUACUAUUUAAGGUCGCAAGGAGCACAUGAAGUGAGAGUCUCUCCUAUUUUCUGUCGGCACCUCUUCACUUUCGUCGAAAUGAAAGUAUUGAACUCGCUCGUGGCUCUUGUGUUCUGUGCUAUUGCCAACGCACAGCAGUCUGCGUGGGGUCAAUGUGGAGGGAAUGGAUGGACUGGUCCUACGACCUGCGUAUCUGGAUAUGUGUGCACUGUUCAGAAUGCCUGGUACUCCCAGUGUAUCCCCGGUUCCGCACCACCGCCAGCGACAACCGCGCCACCUACCACCACUUCUCAGCCUCCUCCUCCACCUCCCACAACCACGACAGCGGCACCGACAUCGACCCCCACCAGCGGAGGAAUCGAGAUACCAUACGGCACCCUUGUUACUCAAUGUACGGUGCCAGGCACGAUUGCUAUUACUUUCGACGAUGGUCCGUAUACGUGGACGUCGUCUUUGAUUGAUUCAUUGAAUGCGGCUGGAGUCAAGGCGACCUUCUUCAUGUGCGGCAGGUUCUACGGCUGCAUCUACGACUAUGCCGAUGUUGUCAAGAAAGCUUACAACAGCGGUCAUCAAAUCGCCUCUCAUACCUGGUCUCAUGCCGACCUCACAGGCCAAAGCGCCUCUGGCGUCCAGAACGAAGUUUCCAGACUCGAAACCGCCUUUCAGAAGAUUCUCGGCAUCAAGCCCAAGUGGCUGCGUCCCCCCUAUGGGUCGCAGAACGCGAACAUGCUCAACACGCUCAGAGGCCUCAAUUACAAAAUCGUUACCUGGAACUUUGACUCUCAGGAUUGGAACGGCGCUUCGGUAGCACAGUCCCAGGCAAGAUUUAACGCUCUCGGUGCUGACCCCAGGAUUAUUCCCCUCGAGCACGACGCGCUUCAGAGCACAGCUCAACAGCUUGGACCUUGGAUCGCCACCUGGGCGAAGAACAAGGGUCUCCAAGCUGUGACCCUCUCCGAGUGCCUGGGAGAGCCCAUCCCAGGGGGACAGUACGAGUUGGUGGGCGGUGCUGGUCCUAAAGACUCUACUUGGGUCUGUUAG